UUUCGCUGUGCUGUGGCUGUGAGGAGUGAGGAGGAUUUUGUAGGUCUCAUCGCCACGUAGGCUUUUGCCCCCUAUUACACACUGUGCCUGUGCGUGCGGCUUACUGAGAUCAGCCGAGGGUUGGGAGCGUGAGAACAUAUUGCACAGCUAUCCACGAGGCUCUUUUUGCAUUUGACGAGAAACAGAACACGUCUUUGGUAAAUAUGGCACUCAAGUUUCAGAUUUUCUGCAUCCUUGUUGCACUUGUGGCUUUGAGCCAUGCAGAAGACGAGCAGGGCGACGAAAUAUCCGUGGAAGUUGUCUCUGUUCCAGAAGAAUGUGAGAGGAAGUCCCGUAAAUUUGAUCAGCUGUCCAUGCAUUAUACUGGAACUCUGACAGAAAGUGGCAAAAAGUUUGACUCAAGCCAUGACAGGAGCCAGCCAUUUGAGUUUCAACUGGGCACUGGUCAAGUGAUUAAAGGAUGGGACGAAGGUCUUGUGGACAUGUGUGUCGGAGAGAAGAGAAAGCUGGUGAUCCCUGCUAGUAAAGGUUAUGGAGAACAGGGUGCAGGUGAUGUGAUUCCCCCAAAUGCUGGUCUGAGUUUUGAAGUUGAACUUCUUGAAAUCAAAGAUGGAGUUCCACCCCCCAAUGUCUUCAAAGAGAUCGAUGUUGAUGGCGACAAGAUGCUGUCCGCAGAUGAAGUUUCUUCCUACCUGAAAAAGAAGUCUGAAGAGGCUGGUGAGUCCGGGGAAUCGUCAGAUGAUCAGCAUAAAGAAAUCAUCACACAGAUCUUUAACCAUGAAGACAAAGACAAGGAUGGAUUUAUCUCCCAUGAAGAAUUUAGCGGCCCCAAGCACGAUGAGCUCUGAGCGGAAAGUUGUUACAUUCCAUAGUUUGUGGAGAGUUCUUUUGUGUGAUUGUGAGCAAAUGUGAUGGUUUUUAUUCACAAAUUCUAAGUCAUGUUAAUUAUAUUCUGUGUAUUUGUCUUGUUGGUGUAAGUUGAAUGAUAUUACAUUGUUCUUUUAUACUGAAAAGAUCUAUACAGUGAAUUUUGUUUUUGUUCAUAGCGUUUCUGAAACCUUAGAAAGGGUGCACUUUUUUCUUGUAAAGUGAACCAUUAUUUUUUUUUUUUUUUAAAUUUACCAAAUAGCUGUUGUGUUGCUCUUAGUUGCCUUGGAAACAAGUGUUGGUAGUAUGGUAGCCUGUACACAUUUUGAACCCUUACACUUUUAGUCUUAAUCUUGUAGGCUUGACGCCUACUGUUGUAGAUAUUUAGGCUAUUGAAUUUUGAUAUUAAGCUAUUAUUUUAUCAGUGCAUGAAAUCAUGCAGUUAUUUCGUUGCAAAUCUUUUUAGAAUGUUGUUGAACUGCAAGAUUGAGGAAUGAGUGUGUUUGAAGAUUACCGGAAACUGUUUGAGAAAGGAUUGUGUCGAUUUGUUUUAAAUGAUGUGCUUUGCAAAGAUGAUUUUUUUUUUCUUUUUUGUCAAAGUGCUUCCUAAAGUAAAGGGCCAUAUUAAUUUUUUUUACUGAGCAUAACACAGUGAUAAAAUCUUUUUGUCUUUUGAAUCAUUUUUGAGACAUCUACAUUGUAUACAUUAGAAGUCACAAGAUUGUGUUCUUUAAAUGUCAUAAAAUUAAUGGAAAAGAUGACUCUUUACUUAACUUACGUAAUUAGUUCCUAUUUAGUGUGAUGAGUUGUUCUACCUCUCAAGCUUUCAUGUGGCGUUUGAUGGCUUGCAUUUUGCAAUUAAAAUCUUGAAGCCAUUUAUAGUAGAAUUGCUCAACAAUUAAAUCACCCUUUUAGUUUUACUAUUUCCUACAUGAUAGAAGGUUGCAAGUAAUUCUGAAUUAUGCUUUGCCAUGUAAUUAGUGUUUCACAAGUUUGUCACUUUUGUUGAGUUUUAAAUUUUCUGAUGGCUAAUACAGUGACAGUGACAUUUUCUUUUUUGCACAGUGCUUUAUUUUUUUCCCUUUUUUGAUAAACAAAUGUUUGUUAUUGCGAAUGAGUGAAAUGAAACUUCAAACUUCAAAUAAUUUUGCUUUAAAGCUCUUAAAAUUUACUGUUGUUUUUCUUUUCUGAGCUUUAUUUUACUUUCUCACUUGCUUCCCAUGCAAGUUUGGAACCCACACCACCCCCACCCUUAAUGUUUGGGAGUAUAGUAGCUUUGCAGCUUCAGUGAAUAUGGAGAUCUUCUGCUCCAUUUCUUCUCUCUUUGCUUUUUUGUAGUGGAUGCAUUGGUUGUCACCAGAAUUUUUCUAUUUGCAAUGAAGAAGAAAGUAUUUUUCACAACUGUCUUCAGAUUUACUGAGGAUUUGACUGUUCUAUUAGCCUCUGCAACUUGAGUGGAAAACUUGAUUGAAAUUAAUUAAGCUUUGGGCACAUUGAGGACUUGCAUAUAUUUUGUUUGAACAGUGAAACUGGUUUGCUUUUCUGUAGAGACAAAGUUUUAUCAGAAUAGCAACAAUUCUCUUAGAAAAAAAUUGCAGUCUGCAUUGUGCCUUUUGCACCAUCUUACUCUUACUGUUGAUGAUGAUAAUGUGGUGAGAGCGUGCGAAUUGUUUGACACUGUCCUGCCAUUUAGUACAUUGUAUCGGACACUUUCCAUUCAUGAUUAUCAUAUAAUUUUUUAAUAAUUUGUUUUGAGACUUAGGAUAUACUUGUUACAAAUUAGAAGUUUUCUCGUGAUGCAGGAAAUACAUUCACAUUCAGGCCACUGGUGCCGUGAUGCGAGUGAAAUUUUCUGAACCUGUUGGCUUUUGUGAUUGAUGCAGUGUUUGGCCAAGACACAUUUUAUAUCAACACUUUAUCUUUGUCAUAUCACACCUGAUAUAUCAACUGGAUUCCAGUCUCAGUAUUAGAAUUGACGGCCAGACGUAUAUUUAAAAAUUUACAACAAUAAGCAUUUUGUUGAGAAUAGUGAGUCAGUCUGUGUGCUAUAUAAUAAUAAUUAUAUGCUACCGAGGCUUGCAAGCCUUCACGUUUGUUUCAUUGUAGCCUACUUACCCUAUCAUGUUAUUGUGCAGGCGAAAGAUCACAUCACAGAGAUACUCAGUUGAAUGGGUUCAGAGAGAAUACAAUACUUCUUAAAUCUCUAUGGCGACGAUAUUUCUUCACACUAAUGAGUCAAAUGCAAUGUCAUGCGGUUAUAACAACAGAGUUGAAAAAGUGUAUUUUGCGCCAGUUUAACAGUUACCUAGUUAUUUUUACCUUUUAUACUCUCCUGUCUUAGAGUGCCUAGAAGACAUUUUAAGAUGCUUGUCAGAAAGCUUUUUUGUACCUUUGCAGUGUUUUUCCUUAGUUUUUAUGCAUUUCAUAAAGAUGAUAGAACAUGAGUGACAUAAAUGCUCAGCUUGUGAAGUGCAUUUAAACUUUCCAAUUAACUGCCAAAUUCAAAAUCAAAAUUUGUUAACUUUUUUCUCCUAAUUUAUUAAAGUACAGUGACAGUUUGAAUACAAUUUACUGGUACUGUGUGUGUGAACCAAAGUGAUCUGGAAUGAAUGGAGUGGUGCUUUGGAGAGAAGUAUGCUUUAGAUUCAGAAACGGAAAUUUUUCUCUCAGAUGAUCAGAGACUUAUGUAAGCUUGACGUAAGAGCACUGCAAUAUUUAAACGUCGAUCCCAUGCCCACCUAUUAUUGUUAUUAUUCAUACCUGCGUGAACUGAAGAUAAAAGCUGUCAAUAGCAAAAACUGUCACCUGUCGUUUGUUACAUGCACAGGUUUUGUAGAGGUUGCCUUUUGUCGGUCCAAUGUACCCAUGUUUCGUCGUAUGUCCCUUGUCUUCCAUUAUUAUGUCUUCACUUCAUCCCUUGAUCUAUCUCAAGUUAAUUGACUGGAAAAAUACAAUCUUGCUUUUUGAUGCAGGGUUCUAUUAUUCCAUAAACAGAAUUGUUAUUUGAAGUCAUGCCUGAAUUUUCAUUGGCGCUUGACUGACAGGGUCUUCAUGGUAACGGUGUGGAAGGACAUGUGCGGUUGCUCAUACAUGUUGAUGAGUGAUGGGCCAUGCUGUAGCGUGCUCAUAUAUUUUGAUGAUUGAUGGGCUUUGCUACAGUGUGCUUCUUGGAACUGGGUUCUUUGCAUCAUGGCGCGAUGCAGAACAUUUUCAUCUCACCCAGUUCUCAAGUUUCUUUUCACACUCACAGCUACCUCUUUUCUUUUUUUUGUGAUCUCUCAUGCUGUCACCUUUUUUUUUUUCUUCUUCUUUAAGCGUGUUGGGAUUAAUAUUUUGGACAUACAUCAGCUGUCCUGAGAGUGACGAGGGUCUAUUAAUUUAAAACUCAUGUUUAUUGCCCGGUGUCCUUUGCUUUUAGUUUUUUGAGCGUAUAACACUGUCACGGAAAGUGGCUUCACAAACCUUUGUAGAAUUGCUCUAUUUGAAGAUUUUAGAGAUCAAUUUAGGUAGAGAGGUAAUGUCUUCCAGAGAGUAAAAGGAUUGUUGACCCUGUUUUUAAUCAGUUUAUUUCUACAUUUUAGAAAGCAUUGUUUAGACAGCUUUUCUGUUUCGUGUUGUCGUGUUGAAGAUAUGCCUGACUCGAAUGAAAUUUUACUUGUUCGAGGUGACUUCCAGCUCUGCUCACAGGCCUUGAACUUGGGGGGAAAAAAGUACUUCACAUGAUGAAGGUUGUGAAAUACCACUUAAAGUUAAAAUGCCCACCCCUUUUAUCCGCGUUUUAUUUAGUAAAAUUCUCACUCAAUGAAAUGUGGGUGUCACUUUUAAGAGGGUUUCUUUUUCUGUUUUCCCUUGAAUUUAUUAUUUGAUAUCUGAAUCUCUCCUAUGACAGUAAGUUAUCAAGCUCAAGAUAAAAACCAAAGUCAGUCCUUUGCUGCCUCCAGAAGUCACCACCACAAAUUAUCUGAGGAUGUGGCAAUGCUGUGAAGUGCCUGUUAUUCAGAUAAAGAAAUAAAUAGUGUCUCCUUUAAAAAUCACCUGCAUAAAAUUGGAAAUUGAAAAAGGAAUGUUGAACAUAACCAAAUGUAAAAACUUUAACAUACCCAAUGCUUGAGCCUUGUUAACCUAUAUUUUCUCAGUUAUAAAAAUAUCAAUGCGGUCAUCAGCUCAUAAAUAUUGGUAGCCUAUGUUUGAGAUGAAUUAAAAACCAAAAAGUAGGCUCUAUUCUAUAAUAAGUUUGCAAAUCAUUUUAAUAUUAUCACUGUCCAAGCUUUAUGCCCCAGAAUUACUCACUGGCAGGGCACUAGCCAGGUAACACAAGAUUGACAUCUUGAGAUUUGCUCUAAAACAUUUUUGUCAGCAAGGUGAAGUUUUCUCUUGUAGCUUGAUGCUUGCAGUUGCUUUGCUUUUUUUUUUUGCUUUUUUUUUUUUUCUUCUUCCUGUUUGGUUGUGGGAUCAUCAUGCAAUCACUGCAGUGCUUAGCUGCAUUUUGUUGAUAUAUAAUACUGACAUCUCUCACUACACAAAAUUUAUUAUGGUAAAAUAAUAAAGUUGAAUAAAUAAGUAUCAUAAAAAACAAGAC